CGGGUUUUGAACCUGCACAUUCCUCAACGGCGAAGGAUCUUCGUUCCUCAGUUGUCUUCCCUACUGUCCUGCUUGUCUUCGCUCUUGUCACACUGUCGCACAACCUUGUCACCCAUCCCAUCCACUUCUCAGGCUCGGACGAUCGAGUUCCAGCGUCCUUCGGUGCUCUCAGAGCGAACCUUUGUGAAGGACUUCAUGCAUCAGAUCGUCGAGGAUGAUGUGAAGGAGUCGAACGCACGAACGGUUGCUGGUGGGAGGGUGAUGCUGAGCAAGUGCUAGAGGGUGGAGAUAGCUAAUCGAAGGGAAAGGUUGAGGGGUUGAAGGAGGAGGAGAUCUCGCCGGGGGGGGGGGGGGGGGGGGGGGGGGGGGGGGGGGGGGGGGGGGGGGGGGGGGGGGGGGGGGGAGGGGGAGGGAGGGAGGGAGGGAAAGAUGGAGAGUCUCGCGCAGCUGGAGCAGCUCUGUGAGAGGCUGUAUAAGUCGCAAGAUCCUGCAGAGAGGGCUCAUGCAGAGCAGACUCUGCACUGCUUUUCUGUGAACCCUGAGUACAUUUCUCAGUGCCAAUUCAUACUCGACAAUUCGCAAUCUCCCUACGCUCAGCUAUUGGCGAGCUCGAGCCUCGUGAAGCUUGUAACCGAUCAGAACCAUCCAAUACAGCUGCGACUGGAUAUAAGGAACUAUGUGCUCAACUACCUUGCCAGCAGUGGGCCGAAGCUCUUACCAUUUGUCACAACUUCGUUGAUUCAACUGCUCUCACGACUCACGAAAUUGGGAUGGCACGAUCAUGAGAGCCAUCGGGAUAUUGUGCGGGAAUGCACCAAGUUUUUGGCACAGGGUACAGUCGAACAUUUCUAUAUUGGUCUGAAGGUCCUGAAUCAAUUGGUGGCAGAGAUGAACCAGACAAAUCCAGGAAGAUCUCUUACCCACCACAGAAAGACAGCAUGUUCAUUCCGGGAUCUGGCACUCUUCCAGACGUUCCAGAUUUCGUUGACGUCAUUGCGGCAGCUGCAGAAUGAUUUGGCACACUUCCAGAGCUCCCAGAUGUCGUUUUCAUUGCGGCAGAACGAAGUUGCUGAGGAUAAGCUUCGCGAGCAGGCAAUCGAGCUUGCUCUCAAGUGUCUCUCCUUCGACUUUGUUGGCACUUCUUUGGAUGAAGGAUCUGAAGACUUGGGAACAAUCCAGAUCCCCUCUUCAUGGAGGCCUCUUUUAGAAGACACAUCAACAAUGCAACUCUUCUUCGAUUACUACGCUGCGACAAAUCCACCGCUUUCUACUCGGGCUCUGGAGUGUCUUGUCCGCCUGGCAUCAGUCCGGCGAUCAUUAUUUGGUGGGGAGAAGGAGCGGACAAAGUUCCUAUCACAUUUGAUGAGUGGAACUGGCAAGAUUCUUGCAAAUAACCAAGGGCUUGGGGAGUAUGCAAACUACAAUGAGUUUUGUCGCUUGCUAGGGAGGCUGAAAACAAACUAUCAGUUAUCAGAGCUGGUCAGUGUGGAGAACUACGCUGAUUGGAUUCGAUUGGUUGAGGAGUUCACCAUCAAGUCAUUGCGGUCUUGGCAGUGGGCUUCUGGGAGUGUCUACUAUCUUCUGGGGCUAUGGUCAAGGCUUGUCUUAUCGAUGCCGUACCUGAAGAGUGACUCACCGAGUCUUCUGGACACCUGUGUCCCUAAGAUAACUGAAGCAUACAUUACUUCAAGACUGGAUGCGGUGCGGGCUGUCAUUCAGAAUGCUAAUCUUGAAGAUCCACUGGAUAACGAGGAGCAGCUUCAGGAUCAGUUGGAUAGUUUACCUUCCUUGUGUCGUUUUCAGUAUGAAACGACUAGCAACUACAUUAUUGAGUUGUUCAAGCCCCUUCUUCAGAGUUACACGGAAGCAACUAGAAUGCAGUCUGGGGGAGAAACGGUACAAUUAUCGGUCAUGGAGGGUCAGCUGACCUGGUUGGUACAUAUCAUUGGAUCAGUGAUCAAGGGCCGUCUCAGCUCAAGCAGUGCCGAGUCUCAGGAGGUGCUUGACGCGGAGCUGGCAUCAAGGGUGUUUCAACUUAUACAAGUCACAGACACUGGCUUGCAUAGUCAGCGAUACCAUGAGAAGAGCAAGCAGAGGCUGGAUGCAGCCAUUCUUUCUUUUUUCCAAAAUUUCAGAAAAGCUUAUGUAGGAGAGCAAGCCAUGCAUUCUUCAAAGCAACUGUAUGCUCGGUUGACGGAGCUUGUGGGCUUGCAAGACCACCUGAUGGUAUUGAAUGUCACGGUGGGCAAGAUCGCUACAAAUUUGAAGUGCUAUACUCAGUGCGAGGAGGUCAUCGAGGCAACUUUGAACCUUUUCCAAGAUCUCGCAUCAGGGUACAUGAGUGGGAAGUUGCUGCUGAAGCUUGAUGCUGUCAACUUCAUCUUGGCACAUCAUACGAGAGAGUACUUCCCUUUCCUGAGCGAGUGCGCAUGUUCGAGGAACAGAACCACUUUCUACUUCACACUUGGAAGGCUUCUGUUCAUGGAAGAUUCUCCUGCGAAGUUCAAGGCAUUCAUUGCGCCUCUUCAGCAGGUACUCGUCUCCUUGAAAGAGACGCCUGAUUCAAUGUUCCGUUCGAAGGCAGUGGAGUACACACUCAUCGGGUUGAUGCGGGAUUUGCGGGGAAUCGCAAUGUCAACAAACAGCCGGAGGACGUAUGGUUUGCUGUUUGAUUGGCUUUAUCCGGAGCAUACGCCAUUAUUGUUGAGAGCGGUUGAGCACUGGACAGAUACCCCCGCGGUGACCACCCCACUGUUGAAAUUUAUGGCGGAGUUCGUAGUGAAUAAAAUGCAAAGACUCACGUUUGACUCUUCCUCCCCCAAUGGGAUUCUGCUGUUCCGGGAGGUUAGCAGAUUGAUUGUGGCAUUUGGCACGCGCGUCCUUGCGUUGCCAAACGGGAGCGAUCCGUAUGCCAGCAAGUACAAGGGUAUCUGGAUUGCACUGACAAUACUGACCAGAGCUCUUGCCGGAAAUUACGUUAAUUUUGGAGUUUUUGAGCUCUAUGGUGAUAGAGCUCUGGCGGAUGCGUUGGAUGUGGCGCUGAAAAUUUCUCUUUCUAUCUCUCUACAAGAAAUCAUGGCAUUCCGAAAGCUGGCGAGAGCAUACUUUGCUCUGCUCGAUGUGCUUUGUCAUAAUCACACAACGGUGAUCGUGAACCUUGACGCCAACACAUUUGCACGCAUUGUUUCAUCACUGGAGGCUGGUAUAAAGAGCCUGGAUGUUAGCAUAUCGUCCGAGAUAUUGAAGACUCUGUUUGAGAUGGUGCUCUUUGAGGAAUGCACCAAUCAAUGGGCUUUGAGCAGGCCUAUGCUGAGUUUGAUCUUGAUAAAUGAACAGAUCUUCAGCACCUUGAGCGGUCAGAUUAUUUCAGCGCAGAUGCCUCGAACCCAGCUUGGAAUAAUAAGCUAUUAAGAUAGGAGGACACAAUAGGCAAGUUUUCAGGAGGCCCCUGGGUCAAUAGGAAGUUGGAGCUAUAGACGUAGAGGAGCUAUAGACACAAUAGGCAAGUUUUCAGUAGGCCCCAACAAACGCCCGGAUUGGGUAAUGGGCCCAGUUCUUAUUUGGUACAGAAUCUGGCCCGAUGUCUGAUACGAAUAUGCCAAGUGCUUAUUUGGUCCUGAAUGUGGUCCACAUCCUUGUCCAAGUGCUUUAUCUGGUCCUGAAUGUGGUCCACAUCCUUGUCCAGAACAAAGCCCCAACAAAGCCCCAACAAACGC